ACCGACUCGCUGCACCUCUUUUCCUUCUGAUCUCUUCCCUACACUACCUGCAACCGCAAUGCGAGCAUCCACGGUCCAUCGAGCUCCCUCCAAACGAGGCCGAACAGGAUGUUUGACAUGCCGUCAACGUCAUUUGAAGUGCGACGAAGAGAAGCCCCGCUGUGGAAGAUGCCGGCGGACCUCUCGAGAAUGUGUCCCCGAUGAUCUGGUCACUUUUCGAAGUGGGCAAAGAGUGGCUGCACGUGCUCAGCUGAGAUCCGGCUCCCUUGAAGUCAGUGGGGAGUCCCUAGGGAGCGCUGAACAUGUCGAUGUGUUUCCCAAGGAACAUCAAUGGGUCGAAACACCUGGUACACUGUCGUUCAUCAACGAGACAUCAGAGAUGAUGGCCGAAUAUGGACGUCCUCAGAUGCAGAACGACAACACUAACGGCAGCAAUACAUCCAGUGCCCUACCGGAACAGACCCCAUCCCCUACAUCAACUGCUGCACAAGGCCUUCUUCAUUUUCGCCAUCCAUCUAAUGCCAGUCAGGACCCGCAAGACUUUCAGAAUGGCGCUUCACACGUGAGACUCAGCCUCACUCCUCCUCAAUCUUCACACUCAGAUUCCAGCUACCUUCCCUUCAUUACCUCACCUAUCUCAACUUCAAAUUCCAAUCCACAGACUGUGCCCAUCCAUAUCAGAGACCUUCUACAAGCGGAUGAUCAAGCCAACGAUACUUUUGAUCCUAUCCUCAGCAAUGUACCGCUUAAGCUAUAUGGAGAGAGGAUGCAGCUGCCCUUCAAAGUUCCCCACGAAGCGCUCCUAUUUCAACACUACAUGGAACAUCUAGCACCCCUGCUUGAUAUCACUGAUAUCCAGAGGCAUUUUGGGGUGGACGUUCCUGAACGGGCAAUGAGCUGCCCUGUGCUCCUCAACGCUCUCCUCGCCUUCUCUGCACGUCAUCUCAGCAGAACAUCUGACUACGACCCAGCAAUCGCUGAUUACUAUCACCAAAAAUGUGUUCGACUCAUGAUUCCCAUGCUCGAUCAGAAGGAGCUUGUUGCAGACGAGACCCUCUUUGCCGCUGCCGUCAUCUUGAGGGCCUUUGAAGAGACCGAUGAAUCAAAUAUGGGAGGAGGACCAGAACCGCACCUAACUGGGACUUCUGUUUUUGCAAAUGCCCAGCUGGAAUUUGGCACGUGGGGAGGUCUAGGUCAUGCUGCAUUCUGGGUCUUUGUUCGUCAGGAUAUCUACAUGUCUCUACUGUCGCAAAGGCCACUCAAGGUUGAUUUGAAGGGCUGGGAAGAUCGCCUCUCAUUCAACUUAGGAUUCGAGCCUACAAGCGAUUGCACUUGGGCGAACAGAAUGAUUUGGAUAGUAGCGGAAAUUGUAGCAUUCUGUUUUGGCGACAAGAAUGGUAGUAAUUGGGAAGCACCGAGAAUGAAGACGGAGAGAUGGAAUCUAUGUCGCCCGAAGAGCUUUGAUCCGAUUCUUUACCAUCCGCGGGACGAGAAGUGUGGAAGGCUAUUCCCAGAGAUCCGUUUGGGACAUCCCUGGCACGUGACUGGUAUGCAGUAUUACUACAUUGCGAAGCUAUUCCUCGCCGUAUACAACCCUAGCAUUCCCAAGAUUGGGCUCGGUUAUCAACGCCAAAGACGAGCCAUUGCGGAGGAGGUUUUACAAAAUGCGGAGGCAGUAUGUGGCAUUGCCUUCUCGAGCUCUCUGGUUGCCGCCCGAUUGACAGCUUGUGUAGCUAUCAUUGCUUGUGGGCCUUGGUUUAUUGAGAGAGAUAGAGAACAGCAGGAGAUGCUUCUGCAGUUAUUGAGGAGAGCGGAGGUUGAAAAUGCAUGGCCGACGUCGUUUUUGACUCAAGGCCUCAUGGGAGAAUGGGCUUGGGAGUAAUGAUAGAAGAUACAUCUAUAACUUGACUCAGGGGAGCGAGUCUCAGAUGCGGAUGUGGAUUGGAGUAAUGGAAUGGAGUUUCUAGCGCUAUAAACACAGUCAAUUGGGGACUGUUAGGCUGCUUCAUUAUUGUUCAUAAAUGAAGACUCUAUGGAAGCUCAAGAUGUAGCCACAUCUUUUAAGACUUUUGAUUUUAUCAGAGUCAAAAUAGGAGAAAUG